CAGGAAAUAUAUCGUAUCUUAUCGACUUCGAAAUCACAGUUUCUGACAUGGAUAUGUUAACCCAGAUCAAAGCAUUUUUGGAUAAUCUUACAAAUAAUCCGCUUGUGCUCAACACCAGUGCAGGCCGUGUGGAAAUUGAAGACACUGCAGUUACAACAGUGUGUACCUCUGAAGGCAGCAGCAUGCAGUGCAGUUGUGAAGAUGGCUACAGUUGGACUGCUGACCAGUGCCACUCAUAUGAAUCAUGUCCAGGCAGCAAUGUCUGCAGCUGCAUCAGACUUCAGCACUCCAGUGUGCCAUAUUGCCAGAAACUGCUUCCAAGUGACCUGUGCAAUAUAAAUUCUGCUCCAUCAAAUCUCACUAAACAAUUUGACUGUCCUCCUGGUCAAAAUGGAGUUAUCAUUAAAAAGUGCAAUGAUGGGAUUUGGGAAACGGUGACAGACAGCUGCAUUUUGUCCAAAGUACAGGAUCUUCUGAUCUCAUCUCAGGAUUUAAAAAGUGGAAACAUUUCAACAUCUUUGUUAAAUCAGUUUGUUGAGAAAGUAAACUCCACUGCCUCAUCAUUGAAAAGCAACAUUACACAGUCUCCAGCCACCAUUUCUACUCUGGUUGAUAUCCUGAGCACCAUUUCAGUUGCAUCAAUAAAUAAAACCAUUUCACCUAAUGUACUACAGGGCUUUUUUGGCACUGUAGACAUUUUAAUUAGCCAAGAAUCCUUUACAUCAUGGAAUUCUUUGAACCAAAAUACAUCCGAGACAAAAAGUUCAUCUUUGUUGCAGUCUGUGGAAAUUUUUUCUAGAUCACUUUCCACAAAUUCUUCUUUCAACUUUAGUUCUCAAAAUAUUGAUUUGAGAGCAAACAUAGUCAAUAAUAAAAGUUACAGUGAAACAUUUCAGAAGUUCCCCACUGCUGGAGAUAUAAUCAUACCAGAACCUGCUUUGGUUCAGCUGCCUCACAGUGCAGCCAUUGUCAGCAUUGCUUACCUCACCCUUUCACAAAUACUUCCAAACAGGAGCAGCAGCAAUUCCUCUGUGAACAGCAUCAUCAUGACCACCACAGUUACAAAUGGCAAUAUUUAUAACAUUUCAUUAACUUUCCAAAAAAGCCAGGAGUCAUGGGUUGAUCCACUUUGUGCCUUUUGGAAUUUUUCCCUUUUCAAUAAUAAUGGUGGAUGGGACGCUUCAGGAUGUAAGGCGCAAUCUUUGGGAAACAGCAUUGUGUGUGUCUGUGAACAUUUGACAACUUUCUCAGUCUUGAUGUCACCUGAAACGGACUUCUCUUCUCCAGUACUGGAUAACAUUACUUAUGUUGGCCUUGCCAUUUCAAUGGCUAGUCUCAUUUUAUGUCUCAUCAUUGAAGGAAUUGUUUGGCACUACGUAACUAAAAAUAAAACCUCCUAUAUCCGCCAUAUUUCCAUCAUCAAUAUUGCUUUCUCUCUGUUAAUGGCGGAUACUUGGUUUAUCAUUGGGGCUGCCAUUGACAAGAGUAUACCUGCAUGCAGUGCAGUCACCUUUUUUACACACUUUUUCUAUUUGUCCUUAUUUUUUUGGAUGUUAUCAUUAGCGCUUCUUCUUCUCUUCCGUAUAGUAAUGGUUUUUAAAGACAUACCAAAAUCCCACAUGAUGGCAAUUGCUUUCUCUCUUGGAUAUGGAUGCCCUCUUAUUAUAGCUGUUGUCACAAUAGCAGUUACUGCUCCAAAGGACCAGUAUAAAAGAAGCAAUGCUUGUUGGCUCAGCUGGGAAAAUUCAAUGGCUCUCCUGGCAUUUGUUAUACCUGCCUUGAUUAUCAUUGCCUUUAACCUGAUUACUCUGUGUGUGGUUAUCUUCAUGCUACUGAGGCGCACGGUUGGAGACAAUCCAAAAUCAGAUGAAAGAAACACACUGAAAGUUGUAGCUCGAAGUAUUGGAAUUUUAACACCCCUUUUGGGUCUUACAUGGGGAUUUGGUAUUGGAACAGUUGUUGCCCCGAAAAAUAUAGGAAUCAAUAUGGUAUUUACGAUACUCAACGCUCUGCAGGGAUUCUUUAUAUUAAUCUUUGGGAGUUUGCUGGACUCAAAGGUGCGAAAUGCCUUAUUAAGAAAAUUCUCAUUACAAAAAUGGAGUUCACAGCAAACACGGACUGUAUCAAGCUAUAAGAAUAUAUCAAGGUCAACAAAGAAAUUCUGAGGCAAAUGCUGAAACCUUUCAUGAUUUUGGGAUUUUAUAAGGGACCUACAUCAUGGAAAAGGACAUUUACAGAAAAAACAUACAGAUUUUUUAUUUACGAUUAACCAUUUAUAUUAUUUAUGAUAAACAAAUGUGAUACUGAGUUAAAUAUGCAAACAUAGUUGUGAAAGACACCUACAGUGUUUUUUAUUACCCUAAAAGAAAUGAGUAAAC